AUGGCGCUCACCAACACGUGCUCCAAGAUCAUCUUGGUGCUGCUCAACCUCGCGUUCAUUGCCGCCGGCGCCGUCUUCAUCUACUAUGGCCUCGACGUCAAGCACAAUGGCUGGACCGACAUCUUCCAGGGCAACGUCUCCAAGAACGGCCUCGACACGGGCGUCAUCGCGUUCGGGGCCGUCGUCAUUGGCAUCGCGCUCUUUGGCUUCCUCGGCGCGCUCUGCCGCAACAAGUGCCUCCUCGUCUUGUACUCGAUCUUUGUCUUUGUCGCGAUGGCCAUCUUUAUCCUCCUCGCCGUCCUCUUCUUUCUGAGCGCGAGCACGGCGAGCAAGUGGGCCGGCGAGGCGUACCCCGCCGACGCCGAGAACGAACCCGACCUCGCCAUUGGCUUUGACAAGGUGUAUUGCUACGCGCAGGCCGCGAACCUCUGCAUGACGUCGUCGGCGACGUCGGCCAUCAAUGCGUUUUACCCGUCGGGCGCGGCUACGAUCCUCGCGGUGGCUUCGCUUAUCAAGGUCAACGUCUCGGAACCCACGGGCAUCAACGGCUUUUGCACGAGCGUCGACAAGCAGCUCGCGGCCGUCUCGAUCCCGAACGUCAAGAUGCCGUCCGAGUACACGGAGGUGUGCAAAGCGUGCAAGGAAGUCGCGUCCAAGUACGACGCGUACAAGGCGAUCUUUGAGUGGACCAACGAGCAGUGCCCGCUCACGGCGACGUCGGCUGUGUGGUGCGGCCAGUUUAUCCUCAGCAAGAAGGAGGGCGACGCGUACAAGGGCGCACCGUACCAGGAGUGCCGCCCCAAGAUUCUCGAUCUGUGGAAGUCGCUUUCGAACAAGGUGGCGAUCGGCUCGACGAUCCUCGCGGUCGUCUCGCUCGUCCUGCUCUUCAUGGCCUGCUCGGCGGGCCGGUCGGACGAAGGCGGCUACUACCACGACUCGGUCUAA